GAUAACUCAAAAUACCGUCAUUCGGAGGGAAGAGCGAGCAACUUUGUGCACAAAAAUGUCUCUUAACAGAGCAAACCCAACAACUUCAAUGAAAUGGAGAAUCCAAAUCAGACAAAACCAGUUAGUGUUCCAAAUAUCCUCAAUCCUCUUACAAAGACACAACUGGGUUUCACUUCUCCAAAACUUGAACCUCUCCACAAGACUAACUCCUCCUCUCUUUAACCAAAUCCUCCACAAAACACAAACUAACCCCCAAAUUUCUCUGCGCUUCUUCAACUGGGUCCAAACCAAUCUAAAGCUUAAACCAGACCUUAAAUCCCAAUGUCACAUCAUCAAUAUUUGUGCCAAUUCGGGUCUCACUCUACCUGUUAGACCACUCAUGGAUUCUUUGGUGAAAACACAUCAUGUGUCAGUACUUGGAGAGGCCAUGGUUGAUUCUUGUAGAGGUAAAAGUUUAAAGUCUGAUGCCUUAAGUUUUGUUCUUGAAUGUUACUCGCAUAAGGGUCUGUUUAUGGAGGGUUUAGAGAUGUUUAGGAAGAUGAGGGGUAAUGGAUUUAUUGCUUCUGUUACUGCCUGUAAUGCUAUUCUUGAUGUUUUGCAAAGAGAAAAUGAGAUUAAAUUAGCUUGGUGUUUUUAUUGUGCCAUGAUUAAAGAUGGGGUUUUGCCUGAUAAAUUAACUUGGUCGUUGAUUGCUCAGAUUCUUUGUAAAGAAGGGAACUUUGAGAGAAUUGUUAAGUUUUUAGAUAUGGGUGUUUAUAAUUCAGUUUUGUAUAACGGUGUUAUUGAUUGUUGUAGUAAAAGAGGGGAUUUUGAAGCUGCUUUUGAGAGGCUAAAUCAGAUGCGUGAGAGGAAACUUGACCCUGGUUUUAGUACUUAUAGUGCGAUACUUGAUGGAGCUUGUAAACAUGGGAAUGAAGAAGUGAUUGAGAGAGUUAUGGAUAUAAUGGCUGAGAAAGGCAUGCUUCCAAAAUGCCCUUUGUCUCAAUGUGAUUCAGUCAUUCAAAAGUUUUCUGAUUUGUGUAAGAUGAAUGUAGCAACAAUGUUUUUUAGGAGAGCUUGUGAUGAGAAGAUUGGAUUACAAGAUGCUACUUAUGGGUGUAUGUUAAAGGCAUUGUCUAAAGAAGCAAGAGUAAAGGAAGCAAUUGGUUUAUACAGUUUAAUUUCCGAAAAGGGAAUCAAGGUGAAGGAUAGUACUUAUCAUGCAUUUUUGGAUCUUCUCAGCGAAGAAGAUCAGUAUGAAGAAGGCUAUGAGAUAUUGGGGGACAUGAUGAGAAGAGGUUUUAGACCUGGUACAGUUGGGUUGUCUAAAUUUAUCUUGUUACUUAGUAGAAAACGUAGAUGGAGGGAAGUGGAAGACUUGCUGGAGUUAGUUUUAGAGAAAGGAUUACUGCCAGAUUCACUGUGCUGUUGCUCCCUAGUUGAGUAUUAUUGCUCUAGUAGACAGAUUGAUAAGGCUGUUGCGUUGCAUAACAAGAUGGAGAAAUUGCAAGCAAGUUUGGAUGUUGCAACAUAUAAUAUACUUCUUGAUGGGCUUGUAAAAAACGGUAGGAUUGAAGAAGUAGUUAGGGUAUUUGAUUACAUGGAAAGACUCAAAUUAGUGAAUAGUGAAAGUUUUACAAUUGCAAUCCGUGGGCUUUUCCGUGCAAAAGAAAUGAGGAAAGCAAUGAAACUUCAUGAUGAAAUGCUGCACAUGGGGCUGAAACCUGAUAAAGCAGCAUAUAAAAGGCUGAUAUUGGAAUUCAACAAGUAGAAUGUACAGGCAGUGUGUUUGUCCUGCGACUUUUCCUGGUCAGACUGUAUACUUUUGCCCGUCUUUUUUUUUUUGAGUUAGCAAAUAUGAUGCUCAGUCCAAGCGUUACAGUUUUCUAAAUUUAAAGAAUAUUGUUGUGGUCUAUUUUCUGAACCAUGCAAUUCCUGUUAUAUGAGCAUAUACAGUGCCAUAGUGCUGCAUGAUUGUCUGCUGA